AUGCUAUUCGCAAUGAUAGGCCACUGGAUUGUAGCUGGACAACCAAAAUAUGACAGAAUGGAGCCAGGGCAGACUAUACCGUUCAUUUCCGAUAUAGGAGCCCAGGAACUAAAGCCAUUGUUCGUGAUUGGAUGCAUAGUCACAAUGCUGUUUCUGAAUCUGGCGUUCUAUCAAUCCAUCCAAUCCAAGGGAAAUUCAAACUAUUUCUGCAUCUAUUUUUCAGCUUCUUCCACAUUUGCUGGAAGCCUAGGGUUGAUCAUGUUAUCAGUGUUUGACAACAUUAACCACAAAUUUGUCCAUGAUGCCUUUGUGACCAUAUUCAUGAUGGGAUAUCUAAUCGGUGCAACCGUAAUCUGCAUAGAUUACUUUUAUUUGACGGGUUCAUCCAAGUUACAAAAGCAAGGACAGAUGUUUAAGACGAGCUUCUUGAUCAAGCUAUCAUUCAUUAUUACUGAAAUUGCCUUUAUACUGGCAUUCCGUUGCACUGACAAAACACAGCCGCGAUUCUUGAAUGGGGCUACUAACCUUUGUGUAGUUAUUGCCUUCACCUUCACUGGUUACAUCUUGUCAUUUGUGGUUGAUUUGCUCCCAUCUUCUUGGCUUCACAUUAUCCCCUCCAACUACAAGCAACUCGAGACAGAUAUGGAUUUAGCUUAA